AUGGAGGGCAGCAACGGCAAGCUGCUCUCAGCAGUUGAAAGUGAUAGCUUCAAGAAACAAGCAACACAGAUGAACCAUGAAAAGGAGAACCCAUGUUCCUCAGGCCGACCUGUGGCAGUAACAAAGUACGGCGUACUCCUUGGAAAGCAGACCCGUGUGGGAGGAAAAACUGUCAACGUUUACCUGGGGGUCCCUUUCGCCAAGCCUCCUGUGGGCAAGCUGAGAUUUGCUCCUCCAGAGCCUCCUGAGCCUUGGAAUAAUCUAAGAAAUGCAGUCACCUACCCUCCUGCGUGCAUCCAACAGUACUGGGGCCAAAUUGCACACCUAUACUUUACAACCCAAAAAUACCAAACCUGGCUAAAAUUCCAGGAGGAUUGCCUGUAUCUGAACAUAUAUACACCAGCCCAUGCCCAGAAGAAGAGCAGACUACCGGUGAUGGUCUGGUUUCCUGGUGGUGCCUUCGUGAUAGGAGCAGCCUCUACGUAUGAUGGCUCUGUGCUAUCUGCCUAUGAGGAUGUGGUGGUGGUUUCCAUUCAGAAUCGACUUGGCAUCCUGGGCUUCCUCAGCACUGGAGAUGCCCAUGCCCGAGGGAACUGGGCACUGCUGGACCAGAUAGCAGCUUUGCGUUGGGUGCAAGAGAACAUUGCUGGUUUUGGCGGGGACCCCAGCUCAGUGACCCUGUUUGGCCAGUCUUCGGGAGCCAUAUGUAUUUCAGGGCUGAUUCUGUCUCCCUUAUCUAAGGGCCUCUUCCAUCGGGCCAUCUCUCAGAGUGGAACAGCUCUCCUAAAGUUCUUCAUUUCUUAUGACCCACUGAAGAUUGCCAAGAGAAUUGCUAAAGUGGCCCAAUGUGAAACUAACAGUACCCAAGUCCUGGUGCAGUGUCUCAGAUCCAAGACUGAGGCGGAGAUCCAGAAGGUGUCUAACGAAAUGAACUUCUUCAGACUGAACUUCACCGAUAACCCUCAGGAGACCCUCUGGUUUGUACCCGCUGUGGUAGACGGCGUCGUUUUCCCCGACAGCCCCGAAGCGCUUCUGGCUCAGGGGAACUUCCGGAAGGUCCCCUACCUCCUGGGUGUGAACAACAUAGAAUUCAACUGGCUGCUCCCUUACAUCAUGCAUGUUCCGAUCCAGCCUCACAUAAUAACUAGAACCAAAGUCGUUGAACUGCUAUGGAACUUCUCCGUGCUCCUGGUAAGAAGCCAUCUCCGGGGACAGAGAGACAAAACAAGGGCAGAGAAGGGUGUCCAGGGAUCACUUCUCCCGCUUUUGUUCUUCCAGAACAUCACCAAAGACCAAAUUCCUCUGGUGGUGAAAGAGUACAUAGGAGACUUUAACUUCCAAGGAGGAAAACUUAAGCAGUUAGUUGAGAUCCGAAACAAUUUCCUGGAGUUGGCUGGGGAUGGAACUUUUUUGGUAGCAUCUAUUCAGAUGGCACGUCAUCACAGAGAUGCUGGCCUUCCUGUCUACUUUUAUGAGUUCACGCAUCAUGUAAAAGCUAGGUUCAUUAUCAAAGCCCGAACUGAUGUAGCUGACCAUGGUGAUGAGAUUGGUUUCAUUCUUGGGGCUCCACUCCACAACGGGUUUGCUACAGAAGAAGAAAAAAGACUCAGCAGAAACAUGAUGAAAUACUGGGCCAAUUUUGCCCGCACAGGGGACCCCAAUAGCCAUGGCCUGUUGGAAUGGCCACGAUAUGAGAAUGAAGAGAAGUACCUGCUGCUGGAUUUAAAACAGAGUGUGGGAAUAAAACUGAAGGAGAAAAAGGUGGCUUUUUGGAAUAGGAUCCAAAACCAUCACCACAAGCAACCUCAGCAUGGAAGGGAGGUUUGAAUCUGGUGGAGAUACUGGUACUAGUUUAAGCUUAAAAAACUGAAGAGAUGAAGGAACUCCUUAAAUCCUAAUCCCUAAGGUUGGGGGAUGAGGGUAAUCUGAGCAGACUUUGGGGAAAAGAUGAAUUAUCAACAGAAACUUUUGGGGAAAUUGAGGCCCUGAGGUAACUGCACUAAAAACUUGAGGUUCUUAAAGGUCACUGGUUUCUGUCUUCACUGGACUUCUGAGUUUUUCCCUCCUCAAAAUGAGGGAGUGGGAUAAUUCAUCUCUACAGUCCCCUCCGACAGAGGGUAGUUCCCAAAUGCUGGCUGUCAUCACCAUUCCCCUGGAAGCAGCAACUCCCCUGCAAUAGACUUAGCUUUCUGCCCCCUUUAUUGCGACCUGGGGCCUUAUAUCUGGGAGGCCAACAUCUAUCUACCUUAUUCCCUCCUCCACCACUCAAACUAUACCUCCAUAAAUUCUGAAAUGCCCAGGAAACCCCAGACCUACCUUCUGUGACUUAGUGUGGCACACGCCACCCCCCCAGCAUGAUCCACAGAGAGGGUAUCACAGCAUCCCUUCCUCCAGCCCCCUCCCCAAAGAACCACAUACAGAAAUGGAAAGUAUCAUCCAUGGGAAAGGACAUUGGAUUUAAAGGAAAAAGAUCUGGAUUCUCUGCCACUACUUACCUGUAAGUAAGUAAAUAAAUAAGUAAUGGGCAGCUCA